AUGAGACAAUAUGAAAUCAUGGAUGGAAAUAAAAGAUCCGUCCAUAAAAUUAAUGAUGUUGUUGAAACUAUGAUAAAACCUUCCUCGGAGAUGAGAUACCUUCAAAAAGUGGAUGAAAAGAAUCAUAAUGCUAUUACAGAACCUUUGUCACCUUCUGUUCUGAUUUAUCCGUUCAUGUCAUCACUUAUUUCUCCGAUUCAGGAUCAAAAUCAUAUUCAUGAAUUAGAAUUCGCAUUCAUGGUGAUGAAAAUGAAUCACAAAAUCAUCAAACGUUGGAUCAAUUGGCCAGCUGCCUUAAUCAUCGCCUCUCGUGAUAAUGGCCCUUCAAUAAUGAGAUGCCUGUCGAUUUUAAUGUCGCGUAUUCUGUCAAGUUCUCAAUCUGUGGUUACGAUGCCAAUAACAUUACGACGAAGUACAAUCUUCACUUCUGACAACGUUAUUGAAAACCUAGCUCCGUACCAAGCUCUUCAUCUCCACCAUCUCCGAGGAGGAAGAGAAACACGAUUUACUCAAAGUGUUGCAGCUAUUGUGAUGAGGCCCAUUAUACAACAAUAUUUAAAUUCUCCUAAUCCAGCAGCAUUAGGCGAAAAAGUCGUUAUGGUUCUAACUUCAAAGGUUGCUCAAAUCCUAUGGAACCGAAAAGAUUUUAUACCCCCUCCUACUACGUUUAUUUUGGGAUCAAAUUGGUGGUCUGUCACCGCUCAAUCAUAA